AUGUCAGGCAAAAAACUUGUGGAAAUAAUUGAUAAACAAAGACGCAAGGAAGAUGAUGAAACUUGGACGGUACAUCCAACGCCAGGAAUUUGUGUUAAAUUUAAAAAGGACUCUGAACCCAAUCUUAAACGUUCUCUCAUUACAAAUGAAGAUAUGGGAAAUCCAACUUCCUCAAAUAAAUUUUUUAUAAAUUUGGCUCAUUGCAUAGAAAUACCUUCACCUCGAAAAGAAUUAUGGAAAGAUGAAGAAAUAAUUGCCAAAAUGAUGGAAAAUAAUAAAAAUUCUUUUAAAAUCCCCAUGUGUGUUGGGGAAGUGGAAAAUGUGGAGGAUCAUAAUGGAAAUAUUUCUACAAAGGUUGAUGUAAUUGUUAAUUCUGAAUUUUUUGAAAAGUGUAUUGACAACUCUGAAUUUUUUAGGCAAAUAACUCUUGCUGCAAUUUGCGAAAAAAUUAAGGUUUGUCGAACUAGUUUUUUAUAA